ACAGCUGUUUUAUAUUGCAAUUCUUUUAAAGUAUUGCUGGAAAGGAUAGGGUAACUCGUUAAUCCCAUAGGAACUGAUAGGAUUUUGCAAAACUGUCUUAACACAAACAACUCCCGCACCAACUUAAAUUCUGCUAUAUUACUUAAAAAUGAUCGGCUUUCUUGUACGAGCCGGCAUUAUUGUUGGUGCUGCAUAUUACUCGAAGAAGCUGGGAGUAUGGGGUAGCCCAGAAGAAUCGGAAAAGCUAUACAAUGAAUUAAAAGAGAGCAUUCGCCCUCACGCAAAAGAGUUGGAAAAGAAAUUACCUUUUGAAGUUCCAGCGUUACCAGAAACCGGAGAAGCACGUUUCCUGGCUAAGCAUUAUUAUAACGAAGGAGUUAAAAGCACAUUCCACUUUAUUGAAAUGUUGCCAUGUUAUACGGGUCAAUUGUUGCACAAAGCUAAAGUGGAAUUCGAAAAAUUCGCUACUCCCCCAUCCCCUAGUACUGAAAAGUAAAACUUUAUUUUUUUGUAUAAAAUACUCGAUGUUACAAUUUCUAUUUAUAAAAGCUAAUGCAAAUUAAAUAAAAUUAUGUAAAAACGAA